AUCUUGCUUUUGUAGUCGUUCAUCACUCAGGUCCAAGAUCUCCAUCAAGUACAGAGAGAGGAUUGUUCUCUGGACAAAAUGAGAAUACAGGUCAUUUUUGGAGUCCUGUUGAUUUACACCCACGUUGUCAUGGGUUCACAGUUUCAAGAUCAUGUCUGUAGAUUUAAUCAGAUUAAACCAUGUUAUGUAGCUGUGGGACAACGACUGUACCUGCAAAUGCCGCUGGAGGAUGGAUUUGACCUAAAUACACCUAGUCUCAAUUUAAAAUAUAUAAAAACCCAAAGUUCCCCACCAACACCACGUCUCCCAAGAUGGCAGUUUGUUAAUGAUAAUAAAACUAUUAUACUAACCAGUGCAGAGAGGAACGACUCUGGAACAUACAUUUUAAACAUCUUUGAUGGAUACGGGAGAAGUAAAGGCAGUUAUACUAUCCAGGUGAACAUUGAAGCUCAGGUGUCCUCGGUGAAAGUGUCCUACAGCUGUUUGUCCUCUGGAGUCAUGAAAGUGACCUGUUCUGCGGAUGGAGAUAACCUUCACUUCAGCUGGACUUCUGACUUUAACACACUCCCUCAACUGGAGAACGGGACCAGCACUGUUACACUGGAACAAGACCAUCAAGGAAACAUCACCUGCCAUGUAGAAAAUCAUGUCAGCCGUGACCACGAUACUGCUGAACUCCACCAAUGUCCUGGUUCACUGUUUCAGGAUCAUGAUCUCUGUAGAUUUACUCAGAGGAAUCCGUGUCAUCUAGCUGUGGGACAGCGACUGCACCUGCAAAUGCCGCUGGAGGAUGGGUUUGACCUGCAGACCACUAGUUUAAUUUUAAGAUAUAGAAAAACCCAAAGUUCCCCACCAACACCACGUCUCCCAAGAUGGCAGUUUGUUAAUGAUAAUAAAACUAUGAUACUAACCAGUGCAGAGAGAAGCGACUCUGGAACAUACACUUUAAACAUCUUUGAUGUAGAUGGGAGAAGUAAAGGCAGUUAUACUCUCCAGGUGAACAUUGAAGCUCAGGUGUCCUCGGUGAAAGUGUCCUACAGCUGUUUGUCCUCUGGAGUCAUGAAAGUGACCUGUUCUGCUGAUGGAGACAACCUUCACUUCAGCUGGACUUCUGACUUUAACACACUCCCUCAACUGGAGAACGGGACCAGCACUGUUACACUGGAACAAGACCAUCAAGGAAACAUCACCUGCCAUGUAGAAAAUCAUGUCAGCCGUGACCACGAUACUGCUGAACUCCACCAAUGUCCUGGUUCACUGUUUCAGGAUCAUGAUCUCUGUAGAUUUACUCAGAGGAAUCCGUGUCAUGUAGCUGUGGGACAGCGACUGCACCUGCAAAUGCCCUGGGAGGAUGGGUUUGACCUACAGACCACUAGUUUAAUUUUAAGAUAUAGAAAAACCCAAAGUUCCCCACCAACACCACGUCUCCCAAGAUGGCAGUUUGUUAAUGAUAAUAAAACUAUGAUACUAACCAGUGCAGAGAGAAGCGACUCUGGAACAUACACUUUAAACAUCUUUGAUGUAGAUGGGAGAAGUAAAGGCAGUUAUACUCUCCAGGUGAACAUUGAAGCUCAGGUGUCCUCAGUGAAAGUGUCCUACAGCUGCUUGUUCUCUGAGGUCUGGAAAGUGUUCUGCUCUGCUGUUGGAGACAACCUUCACUUCAGCUGGACUUCUGACUUUAACACACUCCCUCAACUGGAGAACGGGACCAGCACUGUCACACUGGAACAAGACCAUCAAGGAAACAUCACCUGCCAUGUAGAAAAUCAUGUCAGCCGUGACCACGAUACUGCUGAACUCCACCAAUGUCCUGGUUCACUGUUUCAGGAUCAUGUUGUCUGUAGAUUUAAUCAGAUUAAACCGUGUUAUGUAGCUGUGGGACAACGACUGCACCUGCAAAUGCCGCUGGAGGAUGGGUUUGACCUAAAGACCACUAGUUUAAUUUUAAGAUAUAGAAAAACCCAGAAUUCCUCAUCAACACCACGUCUCCCAAGAUGGCAGUUUGUUAAUGAUAAUAAAACUAUGAUACUAACCAGUGCAGAGAGGAACGACUCUGGAACAUACACUUUAAACAUCUAUGAUGUAGACGGGAGAAGUAAAGGCAGUUAUACUCUCCAGGUGAACAUUGAAGCUCAGGUGUCCUCAGUGAAAUUGUCCUACAGCUGCUUGUUCUUCAAAGUCAGGAAAGUGUUCUGUUCUGCUGAUGGAGACAACCUGCACUUCAGCUGGACUUCUGUGUCAAUCACUCGGUUGGAGGACGACAACAAAACUCUCGUACUGGAUAAAAUACAUAAUAAUAAUGUCACCUGUCAUGUAAAAAAUCACGUCAGUCAUGGGCACGAUUCAAUUAACCUCCCGACAUGUAUUGACCUCAUUCUAGUGAUCCUGAGCUCAGUUUGUCUGAUUCUCAUUGUACUAGCUGUCUUAGUGUUUUGUGUCUACAAGAAGAGACAAGGCCAAAGGAUCGAAGCCCCUUCUCAGGACAGCAUGCAGCUUGUGUACGCGGAGGUCACCCACUCAGCCAGGAACAGGACAGACACAAGACCCAGCACGUCCCCAGCGCAGAACGAGGGUGUGGAGUACGGCACGGUGGUCACAUCCAAUCAGAAGAAGAAAGAGGAUGAUGUGCAGUACGGAGAGCUGGUGUUUAACACUCCUGCACAAAAAAAGUGCAAGGUGCCCAAAGUACAAGAAGAUUGUGUGUACUCAGGAGUCCAGCGCAGUUAGUGAGUGACACAAUCUUAGCCUGUCUAAAGAUGCAUAAUUAACAUAGUUUUAUUUGUGUUUAGUAUUUAUAUGUACAUAGUUUUUUUUUUUUUACUAUCGUCAUCCUGGUAGAGGACGUUGAUGAAAUUUCACCCAUACAAACUAAACCCUGCUCACAGUAAAACUUUUACAGUAUCUGGUUUUGCAAUUGUUGAUUUUUCAGGCAAUUGUUUGUCUGACUUUCUGUCUAGAGCUCAGGUAACUGUUUGUGUGGAGUUUUGCCUGUGCUUUUUGCAUCUAUCUGGGUUUCCUCUGACUGCCCAAUAUGCAAACUGGUGGAUUAGAAGAGAGAGAGAGAGAGAGAGAGAGAGAGAGAGAGAGAGAGAGAGACAUUGCAGAGGACUGUAAGAGACUACACAUCAUUGACCACUAUUUUUGAAAUAGAAGAAUUUAUAGUUUUUUUGUUGCUCUUAAAUGUAAUGCAUCAGUUGCCAUUUUAAAUCCAUAGUAUUUUGUAACAGUGUUCAUAGUGUUAGUUACUUACUUUAAUGAAAAAAGCCUUUAUUUUAUCACAUAUACAUUACAGCACAGUGAAAAUCUUUCUUCACAAAUCCCAGCUUUGGAAUUUGAGGUCAGAGCACAGGGUCAGUCACGAUACAGCACCCUUACUUACAGACUUAUAGACACACUUAUGCCAUCACCAUGGUCUUUAAUCAUAUGUAAGGUUUUUGGGUCUAGAUGAAAAUGAAAAAGAAGAGAAAAUAAAAAGGAAGUUUCUUGUUGCAGUUUUUAGUGUUGAACCCACACAGCUGCAGCUUAGUAAGCAGCUCACACAAUGAGUUGCUAAAUUAUUUUCACACCAACAUUUCAGCUUCUCUUUAAGAAAAAAGUUGUACAGAAGAAGUGUUUCAUGAGGCCAUUUUCGACCUUUUUAAGUGUUACACGAAUGAAAUAAAUGAUCAAAAUGUUCAGUUUUAAAUGUCUAAAACUUUCUAUGGAAUUGAUUUCAAUGUCUGUAACUUGUAUUUGUUAAAAUGAUAUUUUUAAAAGUUAUUUUUUUUAUUGCCAAAUAACUUUAUUUUAUUAUUAAUGUACAGUAUUAUCUAUCAUAUAUAAGACUAGAGCACAUUUCCAUUUUAUUUUCUUUGAAAUAAUGCUAAGAAAAUACAUUCGUUCAGUUUGACUGUGUUCAUGCGUGGGUGUGAUAUCGCACGUUCAUGAGUGUGUGUGAAAUCGUGCUUUAAGAAUUAACACCUGAGGUUUUACACCCCUGUUAACUCAUGGGCAGAAAUGUGGCUGUUCUAUAUUGUAAAAAUGAAUAGAGAACAUAUUGCUGUAACUCAUAUCCUUUGUUAUUAUAUUUGCUUUUGAAUAAAGAAUACAAUUAUAAAGUCUCUCA